AUGGCAGAAGAAGCUCCAGCACCCGCUGUCGCCGCAGCGCCGGCUAAAGCGCCCAAGAAGAAGGCGGCAUCCAAGCCCAGAAAAGCGGGAUCCAGCGUUGGCGAACUCAUUGUUAAGGCUGUGUCCGCGUCCAAGGAAAGAAGCGGGGUUUCCCUCGCCGCUCUCAAGAAAGCCUUGGCUGCCGGUGGCUACGACGUGGAGAAGAACAACUCUCGUGUCAAGAUUGCAGUCAAAAGCUUGGUAACUAAAGGCACCCUUGUCCAGACCAAAGGAACAGGCGCUUCUGGUUCUUUCAAGUUGAACAAGAAGGCGGAGGCCACCAAGAAAAAGAAGCCUGCCAAGAAAGCAGCACCGAAAGCCAAGAAACCGGCAGCUAAGAAGCCCGCCGCCGCCAAGAAGCCUAAGAAGGCAGCGGCAAAGAAGCCAGCUGCGGCUAAGAAGUCCCCCAAGAAGGCAAAGAAGCCCGCUGCCGCUGCUAAGAAAGCCGCCAAGAGCCCCAAAAAGGCCAAGAAGCCCGCAGCGCCCAAGAAGGCCAUCAAGAGCCCCAAGAAAGCCAAGGCAGCCAAGCCUAAAGCUGCUAAGCCCAAGGCAGCCAAGCCUAAAGCAGCUAAGCCCAAGGCAAAGAAGGCAGCCCCCAAAAAGAAGUAA